UUGGCGCUUGUCGCGUGUGCACUGAUCAAUUAGUGUUAAAAGUGCAAAUUGGAGUACGUCAUAAUUUGUUUUUGGCUAAAAGCUCGCGAUGAGCUCGUUGCUGCUCCUCUAUCUUCAUUUGCUGCAAGUGUCGCUGCUGUUGACACUUUCCGUUGGCCAACGAUUACCGGACAACCCGUGUCCUUUCCUCUUCCAAUAUGUGCAAUCCGGAUUUAACAGUUUUCACGGUGAAGUGACGAUUCAGUUGCAACAAGGCCUCAAUCACGUCGAAGUGAGCUUUACACAACGCGACGAUGAUAGACCAAAUGCUGUGGGUUCAUUGCUGCCAUAUCCGGAUAGUGACACCGUGCAGAGCAGCUCUCGGCCUGGAAAAUUUCGUUUAAGUCUUUCGCCAAAUGGCAGCGGCUUGUUGCCUAAACUGACGGGCGUCAAGCUGAACAAUGCAACGUUCUGCAAAGCCGACGAUUAUCCGUCACCCUCCUCUUUUGCCAAUCGCUUUUUUGUGAUUUUUUACGACGUUGGAGGAGCUCAAACGAAGUCGCCUCCCUGGUUUAAUAGCGUGAGAGGAGACACAUCCUUUGUGGAGAAUAAGAAUACGGGAGAGCAUCUAUCUGGAGAGAGAGUUCCUCAAUACCAGAGCGCCUGGCUCGAACCGGCACCCCCUUUUGUCUCUUCUUCCUCGACCGGAGUACAAGUAAUUACACCGCUGCCACCUCGAGAUUCAUCAGAUGUAAUGCAUAAAGCUUUAGAUAAGCCAUUCGUCAGCUGGGUAGAUGGGCCCGUAGUCUCCCGAGAAAUUUCCUGGCCAGCUUCGACUUCCACACAAACAACAACCACAGUGGCAGCCAUUACACCUGCUCCUCCAGUGAUAUCGACAGCGUCGCGUUUUAAUCAGCGAACGUCAUUCUUUUCUUGCGGCGAGGAAGGCUCAACCACACCUUUUAUACAGCGCGGCAGAGCAUUUCCCAGGGGUCAGUAUCCCUGGCUUGCGGCUAUUUUCCACAAGGAACACUUUGCCUUGGCCUUCAAGUGUGGAGGAUCCCUUAUCUCGGCCACAAUGGUCAUCACAGCAGGGCAUUGCGUCUACAAGAUGAAGGAGGAUCGCGUCGUGGUUUCCAUAGGUCGAUAUGAUCUUGAUAAUUACCACGAGGAUGGCGAACAGGGACGUGAUGUUGUGCGCAUUCUAACGCAUCCGGAUUAUUCAUCUCUACCGCAAACGCAGCCCGAUGCAGACUUGGCGUUGGUCACUCUAGAUCGCCCUAUCAUUUUCAACGACAUCAUACGUCCGAUUUGCCUCUGGGAAAAAGCAACGGAGAGCGAAGUUACCACUGAAAUUGGAACUGUUGCCGGCUGGGGAAGAGAUGAGAUGGGCAACUCGCUGACCCGCUUUCCACGUGUCGUCGAGGCCAAUAUUGCCAACGAGACGGAAUGUGCUCGCAAGUGGAAAGUGCCGCGGGUCAUGGAGCGCAUCAUGUGUGCUGGCAACUUGGAUGGCUCUGGUCCUUGUCUUGGCGAUUCUGGCGGAGGUUUGAUGAUGAAGCGCAACAAUCGUUGGCUACUUCGGGGUAUUGUGUCUCAGGGGGAGCGGAGCUCGAUUGGUCAUUGCAAUCUCAAUCAAUAUGUGCUAUAUUGCGACUUAUCUAAGCAUGAUGCUUGGAUACGCGAGAACUUGAAUUAAUGUAAAUAAAUAAUAAAAGUGACAUAUUAAUUAAUGUAAAUAAAUAAUAAAUUA